CGUAUAAAGGCAGACGCCGCGCUGCUCCGCAGUGUUGGCGUUGUUCUGCGCCUUUCUGUAUUUUUUUUUUAUUUUUUUUAGCAGACGCCGCCCUGCUCUCAUCAGCCUCUGGCCCGCCAUCUCCUUGAAUCCAAACACCGUUAUUACUAUGAGGACUUUGGCAGGAGAUCUCAAACUUGGACACCUGGACAGUCAGUAAUGAAAGAUGCCUUCAAUUAAGUUGCAGAGUUCUGAUGGAGAGAUAUUUGAAGUUGAUGUUGAAAUUGCGAAACAAUCUGUGACUAUUAAGACCAUGUUGGAAGAUUUGGGAAUGGAUGAUGAAGGAGAUGAUGAUCCAGUCCCCUUGCCAAAUGUUAAUGCAGCAAUAUUAAAAAAGGUCAUUCAGUGGUGCACCCACCACAAGGAUGAUCCUCCUCCUCCUGAGGAUGAUGAGAACAAAGAAAAGCGAACAGAUGAUAUCCCUGUUUGGGAUCAAGAAUUCCUGAAAGUUGACCAAGGAACACUUUUUGAGCUUAUACUGGCAGCAAACUACUUAGACAUCAAAGGUCUGCUUGAUGUUACCUGCAAGACUGUUGCCAAUAUGAUCAAGGGGAAAACUCCUGAGGAGAUUCGAAAGACAUUCAAUAUCAAAAAUGAUUUUACUGAAGAAGAGGAAGCCCAGGUACGCAAAGAGAACCAGUGGUGUGAGGAGAAGUGAAAUUUUGUGUCUGAUGCUGUAACACUGUAAGGAUUGUUCCAAAUACUAGUUGCACUGCUUUGUUUAUAAUUGUUAAUAUUAGAAAAACAGUCCACAAAUGCAGCAGCAAAUCAGUUGUAUUAGCAGAAUGUUGUCCUCAUUGCAUGUGUAGUUUCAGUACAGAUUCCAAACUUAUGGCUCAGUUUCUUCUAGUAUGAUCAAAAGUUCUUUUUUCUUUGCUCUGAAUAAAAUUGAACUGCGGGUUCUCUGUAGAAAGUGGCAUUUUGGGCUUUCCCUCUUUUUGUAAAGCAGUUUAUGCCUAGUUUAUUGUCCAGUUAACUUUAGUUUAGUGACUUUUAAAAGUUGGCAUUGUAAAUAAAACAACUUGCAAAAAAUUUUCUGAAAUAGAAUUAACAACAUAUUAUCUUUAUUCAUGAGUUGGAAACUGGAAAAAGGCUAAUUGAGGUAAAUGUUACCAAAGUGGGGUUAUCAGAAUGUCUUCCAGCUUCCUGGAGUCCACUGUUAUUGAUUAGCCUGUAUGUAGCAGGGCUCCCUUAAUUGGAUCUGAGGACUUGUUUUUGCAUUUUUAAUCCUCUCAGCUUUGAAUAUGUUGGCUAGAGGCUCAUUUACUACUCAGUUUGUGGUUUGGGAGGAAACAGAAUUAGACAGUUUGCUGACUUUUCUAUUAAAAGAGACACUUAACCCAUGUGGUGUGUCAUCUUUUUAUAAUCAGUAAUCCUAUGUGGGGAAAACCAUAAACACUACUUGCAUGUAAAAAAUAAUUUAACCUUUAAUGUUAAAAUGUAUGGCGUUACCCAGAAAGCAUCAGUCACGAAUGCAAGAUACUUUCAAUAAAAAGUAAGUUACAUAGUAGGUAGUAAA